AUGACAAAAGACAUGCAAACAGAGAUGACGAAGCUAAAAAAUAUUCAUGCCGAUAUGCUGAAAACCAUUAGUCUUUUGGAAGAAACAAACAAUGCAUACUCAAGGAAAAUAGGCGAAUUAGAAGAAAGAACAAAAGAAGACAGGUGUCGAUUGUCGGAGAACACUGAAGGAAAUGCCAACGAUCAACAGAAUAUAUUAGACGAUAGGGAUAAACAGCUGAGGACUGAGGAAAAUGUAUCUUUGUAUGAUGAACUUUUUAAACAAUCCAGGAACAGUGCGAAGACUUCCAAGAAACUGCUCAUUGUGGGCGAUCAAUUGGCCAGAAACUGCGCUAGAGUCUUACAUAAUUCAAUGAAGAGCAUAGGCUAUAUAGUUGAAGGAAUUGUUAAGCCCAACACAGAGGCUGCAAAUAUCACAAGUAAUAUUUUCACUCAAACUAUGGAUCAUGGACAAAGUGACUAUGUAAUUAUUGUUUUCAGCACAAAAAACAUAAGCAACCACAAAACAUUGAACAGUUUUCUUAGAAAUGUAUUACCACUGGGUAAAUUUACAAAUCUAGUAAUUCUUCUAAAGUCCGAGCCUGUAGAUGAAGCCUUAGCAAUUCUAUUGGAAAACAAAAUAACUAGUUAUAUUAAAAAUAACCCUAACUGUUCAGUGAAGUUAUUAGUAGCAAAGAAUGGUUUUCGCAAAUCACUGGCAAACAUCAUAAGAAGUCAUGUGCAGACGAGCUGCUCUACCCUCAAAAGAAACGUUUUGUUAUCGCCUCCAAUAAUUCCAAUUUAUAAAAUGGAACGUCGAGUGCAUUGCAACAGUGAGAGUACUGGUGCUUUUUUACUGGCCAGUGGGAAUCCGAUACUAAUCACCUAG